CGAGUUCCGAACACGUACGCGGCAGCCAUGAGGAUCUCCAUCGCCGCCGUGCUCCUCGUCGUGCUGACCAUCCCGUGCCUGCUCCACGGCGCGGACGCCGUCAUCCGCCGCUCCAUUUCCAAGCCCUUGUUCCCGGCCAUAUUCAGUUUCGGCGACUCGUACGCCGACACCGGCAACUUUGUCAGGCUCAUUUCGACCAUCCCGUUCGGCAACCCACCCUACGGCGAGACGUUCUUCGGCUACCCCACCGGCCGCGCCAGCAACGGCCGCCUCGUCGUCGACUUCGUCGUAUGUGCAGCGGCUGCUGUGGGCUUGCCCUUCUUGCCGCCGUACUUGGCCAUGGGCCAGAACUUCAGCUCUGGCGCAAACUUCGCGGUGAUCGGAGCGACGGCGCUGGACCUGGCCUACUACCAGCGGCAGAACAUCACCACGGUGCCUCCGUUCAACACCUCCCUCAGCGUCCAGCUCGGGUGGUUCGAGCAGCAGCUCAGGCCGCCGUCGCUGUGCAACGCCACCACGACGCGUGGGUGCGACGACGACGACGACUACCUGGGCAAGUCUCUCUUCUUCAUGGGCGAGUUCGGCGGGAACGACUACGUCUUCCUCCUGGCCGCCAACAAGACGGUGGCACAAACCAAGACCUACGUUCCAGCCAUUGUCAAGGCCAUCGGCGACGGCGUUGAGAGGUUGAUCCAGCACGGCGCCAGGCGCAUCGUGGUGCCCGGGAACGUGCCCAUGGGCUGCUUACCUGUCAUCCUGACGCUGUACGCGAGCCCGAACCCGUCGGACUACGACCACUACGGGUGCCUGCACGAGUUCAACCGCCUGGCGCGCUACCACAACGAGCAGCUCCGGACGCAGGCGCAGAAGCUCCGGAUCAGGCACCCGCGCGUCGCCAUCGCCUUCGCCGACUACUACCAGCCCGUCCUCGCGUUCCUCACGACGCCGGCACUCUUCGGAUUCAACCGGAGCACCACGCUGGUGGUGUGCUGCGGCGCGGGCGCCGGCGGCAGGUACAACUACAGCGUCGCGGCGGAGUGCGGCCGCCCCGGCGCCGCGACGGCGUGCGCCGACCCGUCUGCGGCGGUGAACUGGGAUGGCACCCACCUCACGGAGGCGGCGUACGGGGACAUCGCCGAGGCGUGGCUGUGGGGGCCGUCGGCGGAGCCGCCGAUACUGAGCCUCAUCACUGAUCUCGCGCGUUGAACUUGCAAGGAAUAGAGGGCGGCGAUGCAUGCCUCGAUUGCCCACCGCGCUGCCAUCGGCUCUUACGUGGUGUGUGUUUGUGCAUUGCGUGCGCCCUAGUGCAAAGUUUCCUCUUUCCUCUCUUUUUUUUCCACCCAAAAACUGUGCGAAAUAAUACUCGGAAGUACGGACAUUCUGCGGACCGUGGCCCUUUUCAACUUGUGCUUGCUGAGAUAAUAAAGCACGGCUUUUCUUU